GAUAUUAUCGGGAAAAGUAAUAGCAAAAUAUAGAUCUUCACAAACCCACAAAUUUCGAUAACUUUUUCCACGUUAUUUUGAAAUUUUUAAGCAUCAGAAAUUCUGUGAAGAAAAGAUGCAUGUGUUAUCGUGGAUUGAACGAACUGUUAUUCCCAGUGCAUUUUGUUUACCCUUUCUAGUAGCGGUAACUCUGUUUAUAAGGUCUUUUAGCGUUUAUGGCAAUGAAGACGGCAAUGAAUCAAUAGACAAAGGGUUGAUCAAUGCAACACUUCUUCUACCGUAACUCAAGAUGUGAAGAGAAAGUGUUAUGGAAGAAAUCCGCAUUGAGGAUUUAUUUAUGAAAAAUAAUUUCAUGACGGAGGUUUCAUCUUGUUGCCGUAAAUACGACAUCACAAUGAGCAACGUAGCACCAAAAAGUCCAUUCGGUCCAGUGCCUGACACAAAGAAAAGACGAAGUCGUUUGUCCUGCCACGCGAGAAGUUGUGACAACGAAUCCCUUCCCAAGAAAAACGGGUUGUUAAAAAUAUUCAAAUGGUUCCAGGGGAAAGUGCGACGCUCAGAUUCUCUGGGCACUUGCAGCAGAACGACCACCGACAGCGCGUCCACUCUUAGUGGUUCGAUUCCAGACAAUAUUUUUGUGCCGCUCUGUAAGAGCAGAAGUGUAGAUAACCAGAAUACUUUCGAUCAAUCAUUUGAAAGAUCAUCAGAAAAAAAGCAUCGACCAAGUGAUUUGCCCCGGUCAAAUUCUUUUAAAUGUGAUAAAAGGUUUUCAAAAAUCAGCACAAAUGACAGUGGAAUUUUGCGUUACGGUGAAGCUAAGACUUCAAGCGAAAUUAAAAAGAGAAGUGCGCCUCAGCCUCCAAACUUAUGCGACGAAGGAAGCGGCCAUAAUAUUUCAGUCAAUACUUCAAAUGAGACAAGUACUAAUCCUUUCUAUGAUAACAUAAAUUGUACUAGUGAUGCAAAAAACAAUCUUGCGGAGCUGGGUUCAAAGGACGGUAAGGAAGUAGGCCGUACCAAAAGAAAGGCCCCCGAUCCUCCAAUCACACAAUCUGGAGCAUCGCAGCAAACUUUUACAGUUCAUUCAACUUUAACGUCUACUGAAAUGUUCACUUCUUCUGUUAGUCUGCAGAAUACAGCUCGUUCAGUCACGUCGACUCUCCGGAGUACGAACAGUCAAAAUAGCUCCAGCUGUAGCAUCAGUAGCACCACUUCUCUAAAAUCUAUCCGGAUCGACCAAAACGGUAGCAUCCACGAGUUCUCGAGCACUCAAAAUCUUGAGCCAAAUUCAAAAUUUUCGAAACCUUGGUAUAAACGAAGGACUAAAAGUAAGAUCGCCAAAUCUUCAUCGAGAAGCGACCAUGUAAUUGACCAAGUUUACGAGUUCUGGAGACCUGAGUUGCAAUUCAACGACGGCAAAAUAGCCGUUUCGACAAAUUCGCCUAAUCAUUGCAGGACAAGUCAGAAUGAAAAAUCCAUCUUUCAAAAAGUAGUUGAAUCUUGCAGAACUAAACGCAAGUCACAAAUUUCCAUGUUAGCAGGCCAGCUAGAUGCUGAAGUAGAUACAGCAUUGAAAAUAGUUCAGCCUGAGAGUGGAAGUCAAUCAGUAGAAUCGAACCCUCCGAAAACCCUCUACCUCAAGCAAGAAGACGUGAGUCAAUCUUCUUCUGGCGCUGAUCAUACGUACUACAAUACGCCGGGGAAACCCGGAGAGGCACAAAAAGAGCACAAUUCUUCAAUAAAACUUUCAGAUUCAACGGAUAGUCAGCAAACGAAUUCAUUUAUAGGUAAAUCUAAAAGUUCAACGGGAUACAACCAUGAAGCACACGGAACAGCUAUAGUUAGAAGCAAAAACAUAGAAACACCACGAGAUUUUGCUGGAAAACCUCACAGCAGUAAACCCUCUGAACCGACUACGGCACAGUUGGAUGAAUUAGCUAGACGGAAACUUACGAAUUCUCAUGCUCAAUGCCCAAGUUUGAUUCAAAUGGCUAAUUUGGACGCCGAACAAUUUUAUAACUUAGCCAAGGACAUCAAAACACCACUUGCACUGAAACAGUUACCUUCGACAGGGAAACAGUCGAGAGUUUUUUCAGGCAUUACAACGCGCACAAAUUCUGAUAGAAUCGCCUCCAAUGCCCCCAAGAACUUCGGCUUACGAAUGAACAAUUUGUUCGCACCCGAUGUGUCCGUUAUACUAGAAGCUUCAGAGUCAGUGACGUCAUCUAGUACCACUGCCAUAGAUGAUUUUUUCAGCGAUCUUAACUCAAUCACUACUCAAAAUAUGGACGGUAUUUAUCAAGAUGUUAGUAUUCGAACUGAAACUUUUUGUGAGAAUAAUUGCAAGACUUCCUAUGCAAGAGAAAUAAUGGAAGAACUUGCAGAUGUUCAACAAGAAAUACAGCGGAUAAAUGAAGAAGAGAAAAAAGAACAAUUUUACAAACGAAUGAGUGAUAAUAUGGAUAAUUUUAAUGCAAAUGCCAUAAAAAGCAACGUCAAACUAAGUCAAUUGAUUCCAAAGAAUGUGUCGGAUAACACAUCUUUACUUUCGGAAAACAGCAUUCCUCCUCCGCUGGACAUCAAUGCUAGACCAGAAGCAAAGCUACGGUGGCAAUGCAAUGUCUGCACUUUAAUUAACUUGUCAUGGAAGAUUACAUGCGAAGCUUGUUCUUCUAGACGUCCAACGAAUCCUACAAGAAUUAGAGAAGAUGGUUCAAUUAUUUCGCCUCAGAGAGAAGUUUCUGAAGAUGACGACUCACCCCAGUUCACUUUCUCAAAUCAUACAAAUCAGGAAACUGCGAACAAAAUAUUAACAAGAUCAGUAAGAAGCAAAGAAGUUGUGAGUGAACGACCUAUUUCUGAGGUGCUGAAAUCAGAAAGACAAGCGCGGUGGGAAUUGGAACUCAAAAAGUACUUCGGUGGAAGUGACGGUAAGGCAACUCAAGAUCCAAUUGUUAUUUUCAACAAAGUAAAGGAAAAAUCAGAAGUCGAUACGAGUGAACAAUACUCACAGUUUAAGCGGAAGAAUGAAUCAUCAGCAGCAGAUUUGCAUUCAGCUCUCAACGAAGUUCGAAAGUCUCGUGUGGCAAAGUUUAAAGAAAAUCUUAGUAAAUUUGAAACAGCAGGAGCAACUAAAAUACAAAAAAACAAUACAAAAAUUGUUGAAACCAGAUUAGAAUUCCAAGACAGGGAAUUAAGCAAGGAAAUUGACUCAUUUUUUACUCAGUACAACAAUGAUAGGAACUUCUACAAACGUGAUAACCGAAAACGCUUGAUAUUAAGUCCGAUUGGGGCGGUGAAGAAUACAAUUAAUGUAUUCGACCAGAAGCCUGGAACUGCACUUGAUUGUCAACUGAAUAAAAAAGAGACACGGAAUAUAAACAAAAACGUUGGAUUGGUCAAAACCCAAACCAGUCUCUUUGAAGACAAAGUACCUUGCAAUGAAAUUAAAUAUUCAGGAGGAAAAAAUGGUCGAAGUGCAAGGCUAACGCUGAAAAAUCCUGACAUUGAUAUUUCCUCUGCAAUUUCAAAGUUCGACGAAAUGGCAGCACUGGCGGAAGUGGAGAGAUUGAGACCUAAACUUACCAAGCCAAAUGUAGCCAAGCCAUCACGGAAGCUUAUUAUCCACACUAAAGACAACGUUAACAGCUCUUCCUUCAAUUUUAGUCGAAUUUCAGAUGCAAAUUCUAAUACAAAUGUUGAGAAUAAAUACAAACCCGCUACAACCGCCAACAGUGGCAAUGACCUGGGGCGAGAUGCCCGAGUGUCAACACCUGCAGCCCUUCCCUCUAGAAACAUUAACGGCGAUGAGCCGGAAAUUCUGAAUAGCCCUCCGGUAGAAGAAACAGUUAUGGAAGACUUAGAGAUACAUCACUCGCUUUCUGUGCUACCGAACUCGUUUGAGUUGAUAGAAGAUUCCGAGUUUCAAGAGAUAGAAGCCGUGCAUAGCCAGAGAGCUUCCCCCAUAAAUGUCUACUUUGAAGAAGCGUGUCAGGCAGACUGUGAUUCAGACGGGACUGAAGAUUUUGCUGACGCAUUGUCUGUGGAUGUCAUUAACGACUUCAAUCAGGCUGAAACUAAUAUUUCAGGAAAUAUCAUGACUCAAACUAGUGGCGGUGACCAAGAUUCCCUGAACAAGAGCCAACAACUGCAAGCUGCGGAAGAGCUCAAGCGUCGACUCACUCUCAAAAAAGGAAUUGACGAUCUUAAAGCAACAAUGAGUGCAGAAAGUUCAUGUUGGAGUGAUACCAACGCCAUGAAGAUGACCUACCUCAUCAAGAAACUGGAAUCUGCGAUAGAGAGAGGCAGCAGCAGUCAAGCCACAAGUAUUUCCCGAGAACUUGCGGAAUUUGCCGCUUCUUGUAAAAUUGCAGGUUCCGAUAAAGAUGAAAACGAUACGCAAGAAGCCAAUGACUCGAAAUUUGCUUCCAUGGACUCAAGCCAAGCAUCAAAUGUCACAUAUCCACCACAAAGAGAACACGAUACGAAACAAGCGGCUGAUCAUAGCCAUCCGACAGCUCCAGAUCCGCAUUCACAACCUGCUGUGAAUAAAAAUCGACUCGUAACUCCUGGUUUUGAAUCAGAGACAGAACAUCAGUCUUCAAGUAUGACUGCAGAUGUAGAUUUACAUAAUACUGUGAUAGUAAGAGAUAAUAAAACCUCCUUUGAAAGAAGAAAAGUUAAAUCCGACACAGUUUCGAAGCUAAUAGAGUCUGAGCCUUCUGAAUUAGCUGCUGGUCCGUCAAGUUUCAGGGUGCAGCUGUUCAUUGAAGACAGGGCGAGUCACAGAGGGCCUCUGCCCAUAUAUGUUAGUUCCAGCAUGACCGUCGGCGAGCUGCGCUCUACGGUCUACGCUGCAUUCGGAUUCCCUCCUGAGGUGCAGCGUUGGAUCCUAGGACGCCGCCUCGCGGAUGACGACCAAGCGACCCUCGCGCAGCACAAAGUAACUCGGGAGGGCUGUCCUGUUUUCUUGUACCUCGUAGCCCCACCUUCCAGUUACACCACUGAUCCCCAAGAGGAUCAAGAGUCCGAUGACAUGAAUGAAAGAGAAGCAUCACCUAAGCCGGAACUUUCCAGCAAUCAAGGAUCUCCGCAUCCACGAAAUGAAGUACCCAGCCGGCUGGUCUCACCCCUCGCAGCAGCUAAGAAUAUUUAUAAAAAGAAUAUCGGCUCUUCUGCCAUCACCGCUGAGGAUCCAGUUAUAGGUAAUGAAUUAAUCAAAAGAGAAAUAAGGGAACUCGAUUCCAAGGGUUAUCUUUCAAAAAUUGAUAAUCAAGAUCCAAAGAAAGCAGUUCCAUUGGUCAAAAACAAUGGGUUGCAGAAAAUCGUUGGUAUCGAGGCUGGAACGAGAGACAGUGACAUCACUGGACAUAAGAAGCCCGCGGGACCCGUCUCCAAAAAUGUGGCGAAUCAAACUAGGUCGAAAUUCGAAACCGAAACAAACACAACGAUUUCAUCGACAGACCUUCCAAAUACCACCUAUUCGGAAAGUCGGUCACCUAAAUCAGCCAAGUCCGAUAAAUUUGAAAUGAAAAGAGGUAAAUGCGCUUCCAGUGAUUCCCGAAAACCUGAACCAGAGAUUCCGGCGUCUCCAGCCAAAAAUGGAUGGAGCUGUAAGCAAUGCACCUUUGUUAAUAAUGAGGGUCGCCCGGGCUGCGAAGUUUGCGGAGCCGAGAAGCCCGAGGUCCCUGGAGCCAGCAGCUGCAACGCUGGUCAACCUCAGGUUACAGAGCACUUGGGCACAGCGGUUUCCGCACUUGAGAAGAACGCAUUGGUCAGCUGCAAUGAAUCGUUCGAGUGCCGAGUUUGUUUCACUGUAGUGCCACGCAACGCCGGGGUCGUCCUGAGAGAAUGCUUGCAUGUCUUUUGCAGAGAAUGUCUGGCAAACGCCGUGCGCUACUCGGACACAGCGGCCGUUAAGUGCCUCUACCGCGACCAUCAGUAUUCGUGUGAUGCGACCAUCCAGGAGAGAGAAGUUAAAGCGCUGGUGACAGCGGCAGAAUACGAGGCACAUCUCAAGAAGUCCGUGCAGCAAGCAGCCGUGGCCAUGCAGAAUGUCUUCCACUGCAAGACGCCGGACUGUCCGGGUUUCUGCGUAUACGAGGACAACGUGAACACCUUCCUGUGCAGCGUGUGCUAUAAACAAAACUGUCUCACCUGCCAGGCGCAACACACUGGUCUGUCAUGCAAGAAUUAUCAAGAUUUAAUUGCUCAAAAAGAGGACAUCGACUCGCUAAUGACGCAAAAGUUUUUCGAGGACAUGAUCGCCGGGGGCCACGGGAUGCAGUGUCCUCAGUGCAGCGUGAUGCUCAUGCGCAAGUGGGGCUGUGACUGGAUGAGGUGCCCGAUGUGCCGCACUGAGAUCUGCUGGGUCACGCGAGGACCCAGAUGGGGACCCAAGGGGACUGGCGACGUCUCUGGCGGGUGUCAGUGUGGAGUCAACGGCCGCAAAUGUCACCCAAAAUGCACUUAUUGCCACUGAUGCAGGAUUCGGUUGUUACUGUUGGACGAAUCCAGAAAGUAUGUUUCUAAAUUCAAGUUGCGCGUUUGCACCAUACAAAUGAGACGUAAAUAUUAUCCAGCAAUUUUAAUUCUGUUACAAUGCGACCGUACUCCUAAUAUUCCUGAAGCAUACCAUUCUCUGGUUAACCUCAAUCGGAAGUUUACUUUUCGCUCUUACAGUGUAAAAUUUUACCUUUCAGCUCAAAUAUUGAAGAGUCUAUGUAUUACCGCAACCUGGCUUGGUCAUAUUCAUGAGUGUGCAACAAUUAUUUCUCAAUUGACGUAAUUUCAUAAUUUUUACAGAAAUAAGGACACCAUAAAUAAAUAAGAAAACAACAGUAACAUUUCACUCAGCGACGAUUGGGCAGUUGCGGAUGAACCCUUAUCUCGCUCUGACAAAGCCUGACUUCUGAAGAUGAGAAACCCAAAUUUCCGAGCGGCCAGUAAAAUUUAUUCAGCGUCGGAGUUUUUUUUUUAUAAAAUGACAGCUUUUAAGUGUUUAAUGACUAAAGAAUGGUACUUGCUGAAAUAAGGCGCUCAUUAUUACGAACCUCAUCUUAUGGCGCAGACGACAAAGUUUACCAUGUGUUUCGCCAAGCGAUACCUGCUAAAAUAUUUUUGUUGCGUUCACGUUCUUGUGCCGUCAUUUUGUACAUUAAAAUUUAUGAUAAUUAAGCAUCUGUUUUGUUAGAAAGAUCUAAUAUACAAUCAUAAAUCA